AUGAUGGUGCACUGUGCCGGCUGCGAACGGCCCAUCCUCGACCGCUUUCUGCUGAACGUGCUGGACCGCGCGUGGCACAUCAAAUGCGUUCAGUGCUGCGAGUGCAAGACGAACCUCUCGGAGAAGUGCUUCUCGCGCGAGGGCAAGCUCUACUGCAAAAAUGACUUCUUCAGGCGCUUUGGCACUAAGUGUGCGGGCUGUGGGCAAGGCAUCUCGCCCAGCGACCUGGUGCGCAAGGCCCGCGGCAAAGUGUUCCAUCUCAACUGCUUCACCUGCAUGGUGUGCAACAAGCAGCUGUCCACGGGCGAGGAGCUCUACGUCAUUGACGAGAACAAGUUCGUGUGCAAGGAUGACUACCUGAGCUCCUCCAGCCUCAAGGAGGGCAGCCUCAACUCAGUGUCAUCCUGUACGGACCGCAGUUUGUCCCCGGACCUCCAGGACCCUCUCCAGGACGACCCCAAGGAGACGGACAACUCGACGUCGUCGGACAAGGAGACGGCCAACAACGAGAACGAGGAGCAGAACUCGGGCACGAAGCGGCGCGGCCCGCGCACCACCAUCAAAGCCAAGCAGCUGGAGACGCUCAAGGCUGCCUUUGCCGCCACGCCCAAGCCCACGCGCCACAUCCGCGAACAGUUGGCGCAGGAGACCGGCCUCAACAUGCGCGUCAUCCAGGUGUGGUUCCAGAACCGACGGUCCAAAGAACGCAGGAUGAAACAACUGAGCGCGCUGGGCGCCCGGAGACACGCCUUCUUCCGGAGUCCGCGGCGCAUGCGUCCGCUGGGCGGCCGCUUGGACGAGUCUGAGAUGUUGGGGUCCACUCCGUACACCUACUACGGAGACUACCAAGGCGACUACUACGCGCCCGGAGGCAACUACGACUUCUUCGCGCACGGCCCGCCGUCGCAGGCGCAGUCCCCGGCCGACUCGAGCUUCCUGGCGGCGUCGGGGCCCGGCUCGACGCCGCUGGGCGCGCUGGAGCCGCCGCUCGCCGGCCCGCACGCCGCCGACAACCCCAGGUUCACCGACAUGAUCUCGCACCCGGACACGCCGAGCCCCGAGCCGGGCCUGCCCGGCGCGCUGCACCCCCUGCCCGGCGAGGUGUUCAGCGGCGGGCCCAGCCCGCCCUUCCCCAUGAGCGGCGCCAGCGGCUACAGCGGACCCCUGUCGCAUCCCAACCCCGAGCUCAACGAGGCCGCCGUGUGGUAA